CGUAGGACAGUGCAGGGAGAAGAAUCAGGUACAGACGUACAUUAGAGUUGAGGUUAGAAGUAGAAGUUACUGUAUUUGACCACAAGUGUUUAAAGAUGUCAGAGGGAGUCAAUGAAAUCUCAGAUAGAUUUGAAGACGAUGAGUCUGAUGCAACGAAGAACACAGACAUUGAUGACCAAAAUUAUUCCAACGUAAGAGCCUUCAAGUCCAGUCCAAGAGAUGGAGUUGUUGUUUCAGUACAUGUUCAGUGGUGGAAGAGACCCUCUGGAGUUGCUGUAUUGUGUCUGGGGCUGCUGUGUGUUCUCCUACUGGCUGGGAUCAUAGGCCUGUCUGUAUACUAUGGAGACAUUGGUCACCAGCUACAGUCCAGUUACAACAUCCUGACAAAAGAGAUAGACCAGCUACAGACCAGUUACAACAACCUGACUAAAGAGAGAGACCAGAUACAACCAAGAGACCAGCUACAGUCCAGUUACAACAACCUGACUAAAGAGAGAGACAAGCUACAGUCCAGUUACAACAACCUGACUAAAGAUAGAGACCAGCUACAGACUGAGAGAGAUUUUCUUAGUAGGAGGUCUUCCAAUCUCAAACAAACCUGUCCUGAAGGCUGGCAGAAGUUUGAAUCCAGUUGGUACUUCCUGUCUACUGAGACUAAAAACUGGAAGGAGAGCAGAGAGGACUGUCUGGAGAGAGGAGCAGACCUGGUGAUGAUAAACAGUGAUAAGGAACAGGAGUUUCUCUUCAAACUCAAGAAGACAGUCUGGAUUGGUCUGACUGACUCUGUUACUGAGGCGACCUGGAGAUGGGUGGACGGCACCCCACUGACCACCCCAAGGUAAUAUUCU